AUGGAGAUGACCUGGAACUUCCGGCGCUCCCUGGCCCGCUGGGCGACUCGCCUUUGCGGCGCCUGCGCAGGAUGUGCCACUGGCUGCUCCGCGCUGUCCGGCGGCGCCAGCGAGCCUCUGCCGGCGAAGGCACCCAGCUCCGAGCAGAGCAAGUUCAGCGAGCUCUGGCAUGGCGAGGAGCUGGUGAACGACGUGAUCCACCGGCUGUGGCCCUCGAUCUCCGAGUGGUUCCGGCGGAAGCUCAAGGCCGAGCUCGAGCCAGAGCUAAAGAAGCAGUUGCUGGACAUUGUGGAGUUUGAGGAUCUGGGCCUGGGUACCGCGCCCAUGCGCCUCGAGGGCAUCACGUCUUCCAUGUGCACCGAGGAAUGGGACGACAACGUCCUGAAGGUCAUCAAAUGCGCUGGAGAUUUAGACUACUCUGGCGAUGGGGAGAUCACAGUGGGCAUUCGAGCUGGUCGAGGUGGCGCCAUGGGACGUGUGGUGCUCACGGAUCUCCGGUUGAAGGGGAAGAUCGUCCUUGAGCUGGCACAGCUGAUCCCAGUGGCGCCCUGGUUCACCGGGGUCCGCAUCUACUUCCCGGAUAUGCCGCAGGUGGACCUAAACAUCGACGCCAAGGUCUUUGUGCUGGACGCCUUUUGCGAUACCGCGGCGCUGGUGAAGACCAAAGUGCUGAAGGUGCUGCGCGAAGCGGUCGCCAGCGUCUGCGUCCUGCCAUCGCGCCUGGUGCUCGAAUCUUCGAUCACUUUCGCCUACAUCACCCGCGGCCUCAGGGAGUUCUUCGCGCACAAAUCCAGGCCGGAGGCCCAGAACCCCCCAGCAGCCGAGGCGCCGGACGCCACAAGCUCGGCCUGGGGAGCGCUGAACUCCUGGCUCUUCACGUCGGCCAAAAGCACCACGGACCUGACAUCCAUGGAGGUCCGGCUUCGCGUGUGGGGUUGGACGCGCUGA